AUGCCGCCUGCAACAGUUGCAAAGACGGUGGUAGCCGCGCGUCGGAAUCGUGAAUACAGUUCGGGGAGGAGACAGGGACGAUACGCGGACGAUUCGGACGAAGAGAGAGGGCUGCUAGGAUCGGCGUCGUAUGACGAUGGAGAUGAUUUCGAUGCAGGAGAUGCACAUGCGGCACCAGAAGCCCGUGGUCAACCACCAAAGAGUCCUGGGUUCAAUGCGAAAGACAAAUCACGAACGAUACCCUUCAGCCCACCUGAUAAACUUCAGUCACGAUACCCUGCCAACAUUGUUCGAAAUCAAAAGUACAAUGCCUUCACCUUCCUCCCAAUCGUCUUCUACGAACAGUUCAAGUUCUUCUUCAACCUCUACUUCCUCCUAGUCGCGUUGUCCCAAUUCGUUCCUGCGCUGAAGAUAGGCUUCAUCCUCACCUACAUUGCUCCGCUCGUCUUCGUGCUUUGUGUUACAAUGGGAAAGGAGGCGUAUGACGACUACCAACGCUAUCUACGCGACCGCGAAGCCAAUUCUCAACGCUACCUCGUCCUGACCCCUCCUACGAAUGUACCCUCAAAUUCUGAUGCGGAACAGGCCUACCUCAACACCCAUGCAAACACACGUUCCGUCCCCUCAUCUGCUCUACGCGUCGGCGAUCUUAUUCAUCUGGAGAAGAAUCAAAGAGUACCAACUGACGUCGUUCUUCUUCGCACGUCAGAUUCGUCAGGAACAUGCUUUAUUCGGACGGACCAACUCGACGGAGAGACGGACUGGAAGCUCCGAGUUGCAGUCCCUGAAACGCAGAAGCUGGACGAGGCAGACAUUGCGAGACUAGAUGCUGAGAUAUAUGCCGAUGCUCCAAUCAAGGACAUUCACACCUUUAUCGGAACUUUCACGAUGAACAAGCCUCCCUUGCCUCCACCUUCUGAUCUUUCUGUUCCGAUGCAACCCUUACCGCCAAGUGUCUCCCCACUGACUGUUGAAAAUGUUCUUUGGUCCAACACUGUCCUAGCGGCAGGCUCGGCUGUGGGGUUCGUCAUCUAUACUGGUCCGGAGACCCGUGCGGUCAUGAACACCAGCCAUCCAGAGACGAAGACAGGACUGCUGGAUCUGGAGAUUAACAACCUCGCAAAGAUUCUGUGCAUUGUCACUUUCGCCCUCUCACUCGUCCUCGUUGCCUUGAAUGGUUUUAGAGGACAGUGGUACGUCUACGUAUUGCGGUUUCUUAUCAUCUUCUCUUCGAUCAUUCCCAUCAGUCUGCGAGUUAACCUCGACAUGGGCAAAACGGUUUACGCGCACAAUAUCAUGAACGAUCCUGAAAUUCCUGAAACAAUUGUCAGAACAAGCACGUUACCGGAGGAACUUGGACGGAUAACGUAUUUGUUAAGUGACAAGACUGGGACUCUGACACAGAACGAGAUGGAAAUGAAGAAGCUACAUAUGGGUACCAUGUCCUACGGUUCUGACUCGAUGGAUGAGAUUGCACAUCAACUGGAAAUCGCAUUUGGGUCUUCGGGAGACCAUGGCCAUCAUCGACAAGGUUCUCUCGCUACCGGCGCGCAACUGGCAGUAAGGGGACGGAGAGAUAUGUCGUCGAGAGUGAGAGACGUGGUACUCAGUCUUGCUCUUUGUCACAACGUCACCCCCGUAACCAACGACGACGGCAGCGUAACCUACCAGGCGUCUUCACCCGACGAGGUUGCGAUUGUCACAUGGACGGGUUCUGUCGGGUUAUCCCUUACAUUCCGAGACCGCACGCGCAUGACGCUAUCCACUCCAUCUGGCGCAAAGCUUGAUUUCGAUAUCCUUGAUAUCUUUCCCUUCACCUCAGAGAGCAAACGCAUGGGCAUCGUCGUUCGAGACAAGCAAUCUGGCGAAAUCACUUUCCUGCAGAAGGGGGCUGACGUGGUCAUGGCGAAGAUCGUCCAGCGCAAUGACUGGCUGGAAGAGGAAACUGCAAACAUGGCACGAGAAGGACUACGCACGCUCGUCAUGGCCAGAAGACGGCUCUCAAGCACACUGUACAACGAGUUCGCGAGUGCAUAUCACCAGGCAUCCAUCAGCCUCCAGGAUCGAAAUGAGGCUAUGGGAAACGUUGUGGCCAAGUACCUGGAGCACGAUCUCGAGCUCCUCGGCCUAACUGGUGUGGAGGACAAACUGCAGGACGACGUGAAGGGCACUUUGGAGCUUCUGCGAAAUGCUGGGAUCAGGAUCUGGAUGUUGACGGGCGACAAGGUGGAAACGGCAAGGUGUAUUGCGAUCUCGACCAAGUUAGUUGCCAGAGGGCAGUACAUUCAUGAGAUGGCAAAGCUCAAGACUGCGGACCAAGUGCGCGACCAGCUUGACUUCCUCCAGAACAAGCUGGAUUGCUGUCUCGUCAUCGAUGGAGAAUCACUCCAACUAUGCCUAACCCUCUUCAAAAACGAAUUCAUUGAGAUCGCCACGAAACUUUCGGCCGUUGUCGCCUGUCGAUGUUCGCCUACUCAGAAGGCAGACGUAGCUCGUCUCAUCCGAGCUUUCACGAAGAAGCGAGUGUGCUGCAUAGGUGACGGUGGUAAUGAUGUCAGCAUGAUACAAGCUGCUGAUGUUGGUGUUGGCAUUGUGGGCAAAGAAGGAAAACAGGCUUCUCUCGCCGCAGACUUCUCUGUCACCCAGUUCUCUUUCCUCACGAAACUCUUGCUGUGGCAUGGUCGCAAUUCAUAUCGGCGGUCGGCGAAGCUGGCACAAUUCGUCAUCCAUCGUGGAUUGAUCAUCUCCAUUAUGCAAGCAGUGUUCUCGGCCAUCUUCUACUUCGCCCCCAUCGCACUGUACCAAGGCUGGUUAAUGGCCGGAUAUGCGACAAUUUACACCAUGGCCCCAGUGUUUUCGCUCGUUCUAGACAGGGAUGUGAGCGAAGAUCUGGCCUUGCUCUACCCAGAGCUUUACAAGGAGCUUACCAAGGGUCGCUCAUUAUCGUACAGAACGUUCUUCCAAUGGUUGAUGAUUAGCUUGUACCAAGGCGCCGCUAUUAUGAUCGUCUCUCUCAUCCUAUUCGAAAACGAAUUCCUGCACAUCGUAGCUAUCUCAUUUACCGCGCUAAUUCUUAAUGAACUCCUUAUGGUCGCCCUCGAAAUCACCACAUGGCAUAUCUACAUGGUUAUUUCUGAGAUUGUAACACUCUUGCUAUACGCUGUCAGCAUCGUCUUCCUUCCAGCGUACUUUGAUCUAUCUUUUGUUCUCACCGUGACGUUUGCCUGGAAGGUCGCCGCCAUCGUUGUCAUCAGCGCUCUUCCACUGUACAUCAUUAAGCUGAUCAAGAGGAGGAUAGCACCAGCGGCUUCAAGUAAAUUAUUGUAA